UCAACCACUAUGUGCGCAUUUCCAACCGCUGUCCUAACCACUUGGACAUCAGGCCAUUCGCCCUCCUGGCACCUUUCAGCACGCUAUGAAUCGGAUAUUCCAUGACUACUUGGAUAAGUUUGUCAUCGUGUACCUCGAUGACAUACUUAUUUUUAGUAAGACUGUCGAGGAGCAUGUUGCACAUUUGGACAAAGUUCUCAGUCUGCUGCGACAACACAAGUUCAAGAUCAACGGUGAGAAGUGCGAGUUUGGCCGAAAACGUGUCUUGUACUUGGGUCAUGAGAUCUCCGUGGAAGGGUUGAAGCCCGAUGACGCGAAGGUGGCCAGCAUUCGUGAUUGGCCGCAUUCUCAGUCUGCGACUGAGAUGAGAUCUUUCUUAGGGAUGACCGGCUACUAUCGCAAUUUCGUGGAAAACUAUAGCAUAGUCGCCGCCCCUUUGACUGAUCUGACUCGCCUUGACACCCCAUGGGAGUGGACUGAGAGAUGCGAGGCUGCUUUCAGACAUCUGAAGCAUGCUUUGACGCAUUACAAAGUCUUGAAACUCCUUGAUCCUGAGAAGCCAUUUAUAGUGACUACGGAUGCUAGCCAAUAUGGCAUAGGCACCGUACUUGCACAACAGGAGGGGAAAAAGUUGAGGUCAGUAGAGUACAUGUCCAAAAAGAUGCCCUCUCAGAAGUUGGCUAAGUCUACCUAUGAGAAGGAACUCUAUGCAGUUUACAAGGCUCUGACCCAUUGGAGAGACUAUCUCCUUGGGAGGUUCUUCAUCCUCAGGACUGAUCAUCAGACACAGGGAUGGAUGAGAACUCAACCGGUGCUCUCCGACGCUCUGAAGCGUUGGAUCGAAGUCAUAGAGCAGUAUGACUUCGAGCCCCAGUACAUCAAGGGCGAGUACAACAAGGUUGCUGAUGCCUUGUCGCGUAGACCUGAUUUCUCAGGUGCGCUGAUCACUGAAUUUGGGCUUGCGGACAAUGUUACUCAGUCCAUGGUGGAAGCCUAUCAUGAGGAUCCGUUCAUGUCCGAGAUCAUCCGCAGACUCGAAGCGAAGGACAAAGUGACUUCUGUUGAGUUUGAGUUGGUCAACGGCUUGCUGUUCCUCGAGAAGGCUGGGAAUAAACGUUUGUGUGUCCCGAAUAGCGAUUCUUUGCGUAGGUUGUUUUCAGGAGAGUGCCAUGACGCCACCGACCAUUUUGAGUACAAGAAGACCGCAGCGAAUCUGCUGCAGCGGUUCUGGUGGCCCACGAUGAUGCGAGAUGCCCAGCUGUACGUGGAGACUUGUCAAGUAUGUCAGAGGGACAAGCCACGUACGCAGGCUCCUCUUGGGCUCCUGAAGCCCCUUCCGAUUCCGGAAAGGCCUGGUGAGAGUUUGUCCAUGGACUUCAUGGAUACGCUGGUCACCAGCAAGAAUGGGAUGAGACACAUCUUCGUUAUCGUGGAUAGAUUUAGUAAGAAUGCUAGGUUAGUAGCAAUGUCGGAAACAGCAAGGACGGAGUAUGUGAUCCGAAUAUUCAAAGAGAACUGGGUUAGAGACUUUGGUUUACCGAAGUCUAUUAUUAGUGACAGGGAUGUCCGAUUUACCAGCGAACUGUGGAAGGCCGCUGCUGCAGAGCAGGGAACCCAAUUGCAAAUGACUUCUGGGAAUCACCCAGAGGCCAACGGCCAGGCCGAGCAACUGAACCGCGCUGUACAACAUCUGUUGAGGCAUUACAUCAAGCCCAACCAGGUGGACUGGGAUGAGAAGCUUGCUCUCAUCGCCAGUUUGUACAACAAUGCGGUACACAGCGCCACCGGGGUGAGCCCGAACAUUUUGCUAUUGACUUUCAAGCGAACUGUGGAAGGCCGCUGCUGCAGAGCAGGGAACCCAAUGAUUGAAGAUUGAGCUUCUCAGAGGACUGUUGAAGCUAAGGAGGAGGGAAUGCGAGGCCAAUGCCUCUAUGAGCCCCUUAUGGCCCCAUUCU